AUGGCUCCCCAACCGCCAUCCUUCCAAUCCGCCCUCCUCGCCGGCGCCCUCGCAGGAACAACCGUCGACCUCUCCCUCUUCCCCCUCGACACCCUCAAGACCCGCCUCCAGUCCUCCGCCGGCUUCUUCCCCUCGGGCGGCUUCUCCGGCAUCUACCGCGGCAUCGGCUCCGCCCUCGUCGGCUCCGCCCCCGGCGCGGCCUUUUUCUUCUGCACCUACGAGACGGCAAAGGCCUUUUUCGGCCAGCGCAUACGCAGCAGCAGCGGCAACGUCCUCACGCACAUGCUCGCCUCUAGCCUGGGCGAAAUCGCCGCCUGCUCCGUCCGCGUGCCCACAGAGGUCGUCAAGCAGCGCGCCCAGGCCGGCCACCACGGUGGCUCUUCCGCCCAGGCGCUGGGCCAUAUCCUGAGCCGGUACUCUGCUCCCGGGGGCAGCCUGGCCGCGGUCUGGCGCGAGCUGUACCGCGGCUGGGGCAUCACCGUCUUCCGCGAGGUGCCCUUCACCGUGAUCCAGUUCCCGCUGUGGGAAGGAAUGAAGGCCUGGGGCCGGAAGCGCCGCGGCGACGGCAAGGACGUGUCGGCCGGGGAGAGCGCGCUGUACGGGAGUCUGGCAGGAGGCGUGGCCGCGGCGUCGACGACGCCCCUCGACGUGCUCAAGACGAGGGUCAUGCUGUCCAAGGAGCGGGUUUCCGUGGGCGACGUGUUCCGGCGCAUGGUAAGGGACGAGGGCGUGCGGCCCUUCUUUGCUGGCAUCGCGCCGCGGGUGACGUGGAUAUCCAUUGGCGGCGCGAUAUUCCUGGGGAGUUACCAAUGGGUCAUCAACACCAUGAACAGCAUAAGCUCAUAA